AUGAGUCUGAGGGAGAUCACAGAGAACAUGAAGCUGGCCCGGGAGUAUGCUUUGCUGGGGAACUACAGCUCAGCCAGUGUUCUCUAUCAGGGCUUACUGGAGCAAAUCAAGAAGUUUCUGUACACCGUGCGAGACAGCAGCGUUCAGCAGCAGUGGCAGCAGUUGUGGCAAGAAAUUAAUGAAGAGACUCAGCAGGUUCGGGAUAUAAUGUCAACUUUGGAGAACUUUCAGCUGGACGCAACGCCUGUUAAACCCAGUAACCAUGACGACUUGGAGAUUAGGCCAGCGCACAUAGAACAGAGGCGUCCAGCUAACACACAUAAAGACAGCAAACCUCCCAACAACCGCCUGAGUGCAGCUUUGAGGGCCCAGCCGAAGCAGUCACCUCGAGGACACGAGGACAGAAACAGACCUUCUAAAGGCAAAGAAAAGAAGGAGGUGAAGGAGCCAAAGGAAGGAAAGGAGCCUGCUGGCAAAAUAAAGGAUGAAAAGGAGAAAGAAGUCAAAAAAUUUGACUGGACUGGAUACGAUAAAGACCUUGUGGAGGCUCUGGAGAGAGAUAUCAUAUCUCAGAAUCCAAACGUUAAAUGGGAUGACAUUGCAGACUUAGAAGAUCCCAAAAAACUUCUGAAGGAAGCGGUUGUCCUGCCAAUGUGGAUGCCAGAUUUUUUUAAAGGCAUCCGGAGACCAUGGAAGGGAGUGCUCAUGGUGGGGCCUCCAGGCACAGGGAAGACUCUUUUGGCCAAAGCAGUUGCUACUGAAUGCAGAACCACAUUUUUCAAUGUCUCUUCCUCUACGCUCACCUCCAAGUACAGAGGAGAGUCUGAAAAGCUUGUUCGUCUUUUGUUUGAAAUGGCUCGUUUUUAUGCUCCCACUACAAUCUUCAUUGAUGAAAUUGACUCCAUGUGCAGCCGCAGAGGAACCUCAGAGGAGCACGAGGCCAGCCGGAGGGUCAAAGCUGAGCUGCUGGUGCAGAUGGACGGCGUUGGUGGAGCUUCAGAAAAAGACGACCCAUCAAAGAUGGUGAUGGUGCUGGCUGCCACCAACUUCCCCUGGGACAUCGACGAGGCUCUGAGGAGACGGCUGGAGAAGAGGAUCUACAUACCUCUGCCCUCAAAAGAGAUCCGUAACCUUUCUCGAGAUGAAAUGCACAUGCCAACCACCAUGGAGGACUUUGAGUCAACGCUAAGAAAAGUGUCCAAAUCCGUGUCUGCGGCAGACCUGGAAAAGUACGAGAAGUGGAUCGAGGAGUUUGGAUCCUGCUGA